AACGGUUCAUUUUAAAGGGGUGAUUAUUUGCCCACCUUAAAUGCUCAAAGGUUUAGUCUAAACAUAUAUCCGGGAGAUGGAUUACAGUGAAAAAGAUACUAGUAAAAGUGUCGUUGGGAUAAAGUUUAUAAUGAAUAACUUUGACAAUCCAGACCGUGGGACAAAUGAAAAUCCGGUAAUUAAAGAUGAUAGUGAAACAGAGAGUACUACGUUUCUUGGUAAAUUGAGAUACAAUGGAGAAUACAGAAUUCGUUUCUUACAUACAUGUUUUGUUGUCUGGAUGUUCAUCACAUUGGGAUGGAACGUAUCGGUGGUUGGAGGAACUUUUCCAGAUCUUCGUCUGAUUAUACAGAAAGAUUUGGAGACUGCAUCUUGGAUAUUCACUCUUGGGUCUCUCGGUUAUUUGUUAGGUGCUUUCAUUGGUGGACUCUUGUUUGACAGAAUGAACCGUUUACUGCUUCUUAUAAUCGUUACGAUAUUGAACGCCUUGGCUAUCGCAGCAUUUCCAUGGUGCAGCACCUUUCCUACCAUGCUAGCGAUAAAUUUCUUUUCUGGCUUAUUUAAUGGUGGAAUGGAUGUUGGGGGAAAUUCCCAUGUUGCAUCUAUUUGGGGACGGAAUUCAGCACCUUUUAUGCAAACCAUUCACUUUGGCUUUAGCUUCGGUGGAAUCAUCAGUCCAUUGUCAGCAGAACCAUUUUUGGCGCCAAAAUCUUGUCCCAGUGAAUUAGUUGAAAACAUUACUGUUACGGCAUUUACAACAACAGAACUUCCGGUUGUAAAUGUUACAACAGGAAGUGAAGAAUGUGAAGAAGUAUAUGGUGAAACACAUAUCCAUUAUGCAUAUCUUAUUGCAGGUAUUGUAUCGCUUACUGCGACAAUCCCUUUUCUUUGCCUUUUCUUGCUUUCUCAGAAGUAUGCAACAUACGUCGAUUCACCUUUAGCUUCAUCCGACAUUAAAAAUGAAAAUACGAUUGAUGACCUUCCAAAGUUGUCUUUGAAGAAAAAGAUAACAUUUGUCACACUUCUGAUGCUACUUAUCAGCAUAUAUGCUUGUACAGAAGCAAGAUUUUCGGGACUUUUAACGACAUUUUUGACUGAAUACUUGGAUUGGUCUACGGCUGAAGGUCUGCACGUGACGUCGUUAUUCUGGGGAACAUUUGCGGCUGGCAGAUUUCUUGGUAUUCUUGUAACACGUUUCGUUAAAACACCUACAAUGAUAGGUAUAUACGUGGGUGCGCUUACUUUAUCCUUUGUAGGCAUGUUUCUUGCAGCAAGGUACAAUAUCGAGGAACUCGUCUGGGCAUGCGCGGCGUUAGCUGGGAUGAGCAUGUCUGUGAUUUUUCCCGCCAUUUUCACGUGGACAGGCGAAAGUAUUCUUAAUGUGACAGGAACAAUUUCUGCUGUAUAUCUCGUGGGAGUGUCACUUUUUAAUAUGCUUUUCCCUUUAUUAUACGGUCAUCUGAUGGACAAUUAUACACAAAUGUAUUUUGUUGAUUUGCUGAUUGCUCAAUGUGUUAUCACCAUUUGUAUUUACAUAUCCAUUCGCGUACUGCUUAAAGUUUAUGUUAAAAACCAUGACCUGAAAGGAAACACUAACGUGGUUUCUUGAACAGGAUUUCUGUAACACAGUAAAGCCAAUGUCUGUAGUUAAAUCACUGUCUUCUUUGUUCAAACUUGUGUACGGAUAAAUUUCCUCAAAAUUACACAAGCAAACAUUUUUUAAGAAAAAGCUUGAUAAUCCUGACGGACAUGUUAAGCGUCUUUUCUUUUUUAACUAUUCAAAGAUACCUGUAGUUGUGCUUUUACAAAUUAUUUUAUGUAAUAUACUAAAUGGCUUCAAAAACGCACACCUGUAUAGCAUGUGUUUAUACUGGAAAAUGAGUUACGGAGGAUGCAUUCAUAUCUAAAACAUAUAUCUACUUACCAUUAACUGUUUCUCAAUUUAAAAUUUUAUUUUAAAUGUUAGAUUGCUUAAGCCGAAUCUAGUGACGUAAAUCAUGCAUUAACAUACUUUAUUAUUUUUUGUCGCUUUGAGUGUUAAAGAGUGAUUCCUGUCUUCUCUGGUUUUUAGUACUGAAAUUAUUAAAAGUGUAUGAAGACAUCAGCCAAAGAACACCAGUAGUAAAGCUCGAAUAAUUAUAUUUCGGCGCCCUUAGCACGAUAAAAAUGUAUGUCAUGUUU